CGACGCUAGAAAAAAUAUGUACGACGAGAACGAAGAUAAAGUGCCUCUGAUAACCUUAGCACUCAACUGUAUCAAAGAAAUUUUCAAGUCCAGAAUCAUCUCCGACACCGGUGACUUGUUAGGUGUGGUCCUAUUCGGUACCAGCAAAGUAAAUAAUCCCAACGACUUGGCUAGUAUUUAUGUUCUAUUAGAGCUCGAUGUUCCAGACCCUGAAAGCAUACUCUACUUGGAGACACUUGAGAAAACUCCACAGUGGAUGAUGUCGCAAUUGGGUAGUUUGGAAAGAUAUGCAAAAGUGAAAUUCCAGGAGUUGCUGUUUACUUGUCGGAGUUUGUUAAAUCAUGCGGUUCGGUCGAAAACCCUAAACGUUCGGAAGCGCUUGUUGUUGUUCACCGAUGACGACGACCCCAUUGAAAACGACGAAAACGUAAAAAACUUGAAUAUUCGUCAAGCAAGAGACUUGUCUGAAAGUGGAAUGAAUAUCGAACUGUUGCCUUUGAAAAGUUCUAGGUCGAAACCUUUCGAUUACCACUUAUUUUAUGAAGAUGUCAUCGGAAGCAGUAGGCAAGAAUUGGAGCCUGUGAGUGAUCCCAUUUCCCGAUUCGAGGAACUGCAACUACAUAUUCUAAAGAAGAAGUACAAAAAGAGAGUUUUGAAUAAUACCUUUUUAUAUUUGAAUGGUUUGCAAAACGAAGGUGCCCAUGCAGAACUUGAGACUGUUGGAUUGGAAGUUUAUGCCUUGUUUCAUCGACCAAGCCGAUCGAAAAAGGUAUUCUUAGAAGCUCGCAAUAAUGAACCUGUACGGCGUGUUACCAUUGCAUAUUCUGAAGAAAGCGGUGCACUUUUAGCCAAUGCCAACGAUAUCCGUUACAGUUUCCCUUUUGCUGGAGUCGCUUGUGUUUUUACACACUCAGAAAUGGAGGAACUUGGUCAUCUUUGUAGAUAUGGAAUGGAACUCAUAGGAUUUGAAAACAAGAACAAAUUAAAAUGGCAAUACAACAUGAGGCCAUCUUAUUUUCUUUAUCCAAGCGAUCACACAAUCAAAGGCAGUCAGUUAUUGAUGGCCGUUUUAUGGAAGCAAAUGUUGCAAGAAAACCAAAUAGCAAUAGUCCGAGUGUGCUUUCGGAGAACUUCACAUCCGAGACUAGCAGCAUUAGUGCCUCAAGACGAGAAAAAGACCGAGUCACACCUUCAAACAGAACCUUGCGGAUUCCAUUUGAUAUGGUUACCAUUUGCGGAGGAAAUUCGCAAAGAAUGGAAAAAACAAUACCCAAAGUGGAACAAUCUACCUUCUCAACAAUGCGUCGAGGCCGCAAUGAAUGUUAUCUCCAAACUUUCUAUGCCAUCCUAUGAUCCGUCAAAAUAUUCGGAUCCUGAUAUUCAACGAUAUUAUAACGGAUUACAAGCUCUGGCUCUGAAUCAAACCAACUUUCCACAAGUCGAGGAUACACUGGACACGGAUGAUGCCCAAAUGGCUCAAGUAGCUAAGGAGGAGUUGGAAGAAUGGACCAAAAUUGUUGCCUCGGAACCAGUUGGCAUUAUAAAGCAAGAGAAGUCAUUGAGAAGUCCAAAAAGGUUUCAUAUCAAACGUGCAGUAGAAAAGCUGCGUUCAAAGCAAUUUUUAGAGCAACAGUUGGAUUGGAAACAGCUUGCAUUUGACAAAGGAAACGAUGGACUUGAGAAACAAAACGUAACCACGCUUAAAAUGUUUUGUGCCGCACAUGACUUGAAAAAGUCCGGAAGAAAAGCGGAACUUAUUGAACGGAUACGUACUUAUCUGGAGACAGAAAAAGCAUAAGAACGGCCAGUAUACAACACCCAGAUCAGCCAAAUCAA